AUGUCUGAUGCGUCGGAUACGAAUUUCACGCGGCGGCUGCAGCACAUGCAGGCGCAGCAGCAACAGGACGAGGCGGCCUCGCUGCCCAUGCUGCCCCCGCCCAGCGCGCCGCAAGUCGUGCAGUGCAGUCAUGGCGAGGGGUUCCGCCUUUGCCUUCCUCUUCGCCUCGCCUUCUCUCCUCGUGUGAUGAGUCGGCUUUUGAGUCGACUCAUCACACGAGGAGAGAAGGCGACUAAAAAACCGACUCAUCAUGGCGAGGGGUGCCGCCAUUGCAAUCCUCUUUGCCUCGCUUGCUCCCCUCCCUCCAUCCGCUCCUCCCGAUUCCCCUCCCCCUCUUUUUCCUCUAUUCGUUUCCCCCCUCCCGCUCCUCCCCACGUACCGUCUCCCUCUCUCUGCCCUUCCCUCCCCCCUGUGUAUUUUCAGUGCCAGCGCUGCUCCCAGCUACUGGAAGUGCCUCUGCAGCUUCCUCCGGCUAAGAAGGGCGUGCAGAAGCUACGCUGCGGCAAGUGCCUGCGAGUCUCUCGCUUCCAGGUCAACCCUGCUGACCCGCGUUUCGCCAACCAACUGCCGCCAAGUCAGCAACCGCCGCCGCCACAGCCGCCAGCUCAGCAGCAUCCCAAUCAGCAGCUGCAGGGCGCCGGGGGGAGCGGGCGCUUUCCCUCCCCCUCCCCGCUUCAGCAGCAGCAGAGGGGGGGGAGUGGGACUGGAUAUGACAGUGAUGGUAACGCGAGCAUGAGCGGAGGGGGGGGCGCAGGGGGAGGGGGAGGGUUCCGCCCAGGCAUGGGGCCAGGCGGAGGGGGAGGCCCCCCCGCCCCCCACCACAUGCGCUCGGUUUCUAGGGAGUCUGAUGAUUAUAUGGCGGAAGGGGCCGGGGGCGGGGGCGGGGGGAUGGGGGGCGGAAUGGGCGGGCAAGGGGGAGGAGCAGUCGGGGGGAGAGGGCCCGGGGGAAGGGGGAGAGGCGGGGGGAGGAUGGGGGCGGGGAGAGGCGGGGGGGUUAUGGGCAGGAGGGGGCCGGGGGGGAUGGGCAGGCAGGGGGGAGUAGAAGGGGGGGAGAUGGCUGCGCCGUCCUAUGGGCACAACCAGCAGCAGCAGGGGAUGGGCGGGGGGCCGGUGGGGAGCAUGGGCGGAAGCAUGGGUGGAAGCAUGGGCGGAAACAUGGGCGGACACAUGGGCGGAGGCAUGGGGGGAAACAUGGGGGGAGGCAUGGGGGGAGGAAUGGGGGAGGAGGAUGGGAUGAUGUAUAGCCGGCAGGUGAUGGUGAAUGGGCAGGCACUGCCGGAUGAGUAUGUGGCUGUGGCAGAGCAGCGGGCGGGCCCCAUUCACCCUGGCAACUACUGGUAUGAUGACGUGGCAGGCUUCUGGGGUGAGAUGGGUGGGCCAUGCCUCGGCAUCAUUCCGCCUGGCAUUGACUUUGGCGUGCCGAUUCCCCAGUCCUGCGCAGGGGGCGCAACCCGCGUGUAUGUGAACGGCAGGGAGCUGCACCACAGGGAUCUGGAGCGGCUGAUGAAGAGAGGGUUACCGGGCACGCCUGACUGCGGUUACCGCAUUGAGAUCACAGGCAACGUGUUUGAUGAGGAGACCGGGGAGUACCUGCUCUGCCUGGGGAAGCUCGCCCCCUCGUGA